AUGCCAAAGGCAUUGCCGAGUCUGCCGCUAUCAGCAUUGUUCGGGGUCAGCAAGCCAUCGGGGCCGACCUCAAUGGCGAUCCUCGAACGAAUCAAACCUUUGAUAGCUAGUUCCCGUUUGUUCGUUGAGGCUGGCCAGACCAAGGAGAAGGGAAAGACAAAGAAGGCGAGACAUUCACGAUAUGCCUUCAAGAUCGGUCAGGGAGGCACGCUGGAUCCCCUCGCGGACGGAGUGCUGGUUGUCGGUAUUGGCAAAGGGACGAAAAGAUUGGGUGAAUUCCUCGAUUGCGUGAAGGAGUACCGUACGACGUGUCUGCUUGGUUGCGAGACAGAUACAUACGAUAGCGAGGGCGCGCAAGUGCGGGUGGCACCAUGGCGACAUAUUACUCCAGAAAAAGUCGAAGAAGCGUUGAAGGAUUUCACUGGAGAGAUCAUGCAGGCCCCUCCAAUAUUUUCCGCUCUCAAGAUGGACGGAAGGCCAUUAUAUGAAUAUGCGCGCAACGGUAUUCCAUUGCCGCGACCCAUCGAGAAGCGCAAAGUUACGGUGCACUCUCUCGAGCUAGUCGAGUGGAAGGGCAGUGAUCAUACGUUCCAAUGGCCCGAGAAGAAAUUCACAGAAGAGCAGAAGCACGCUGUCGAGGCGGCCCUGAAAGGAGCUGAACAAGACGUAAAAAUCGAAGACGAGCCGGAUAGUGAAACCGACAUUUCCGCCGACCUCGCCCCCGCAGCGUUUGUGCUACGGAUGAGGGUAUCUGGAGGAACUUACGUUCGUUCCAUCGUGCAUGACCUCGGACAUGCCUUGGGCUCAGCAGCGCAUGUCGUUACGCUCACCCGGACACGACAAGGGCGCUUCGCGCUGGAACCGGCGGACGGCGGGGACCGGGCGUGCGUGCCAUGGGAGGUUUUGGAGAAGGCGACAGAUGAUGCCGGAGAAAGAGACGGUGAAGGAUGGACGCAGUGGGAACGGGAGGUCGUGGAUAAAAUGGAGAUAGUAGAGGGCAAAUGA